AUGAAAGGUGGCCAGAGUGAGGUGCGGCCAAGAAGCACUGAGGCUCAACCAGGAGAGAGGCUCAAAGCAUACCUGCCACUCAGGUGCCCUCAUCCGUGGUCUGCAGGUCAGCAGGAGCCCGAGAGGCCACAUUCUGGAGGCCUGUAUGACGGGCACCUGACCAAUUUCCAGCUGAAAUCUUUGAGCUUUCUCAAGUCACUGAAGCUGGAGCAGCAGAGACAGGAGCAAGCCCUGGCCCUUCUGCGGCAGCGAGCGGAGCAGGAGGUGUGGGAGACGCAGAUGUUACUGGAUGAACUCCUAUUCAAACACCAGCUGAAGAGGUGGAUGGAGAAACCCUCAGCCCAGCAAGAAGAGACUUCGAAACGGAAACAGCAGCAGCUGUGUGGUGGCCCAGAGCCAAGCGCAUUCUCUCUCCACACAGUGACAACCAGAUCCAAAGACAACCCCGAGUCCUCGAAGCACCUUGAGGAAGCAAAGGCAAUUUCGGUAGAGCCAGUGCAGCAGGACACAAGCUCCUCCCUGCUGGUUCUAGCCGAGUUCCACCCUUCAGACAGAUCUACCUACCAGUGGGACAUAGCGAGACCAGAGCCAGAAACAGAAGGGUCCAGAGCCUUCCACCGCAUCACUAUUGCAGUGCUGGAGCAGAGUCUGAGAGACGAAGAGCUACGUGCCCAGUACCAGACUGCGGUGCUACGACUGCGAGAGCUGGCCCUGGAGGAAAAGGCCCGUGCGGAGCUGGCCUGCCUAGAGCAUCAGAUAGGGUGCCUGGGUAGUGUAGGACGUGAAGCAGCACGAGCCACUCUGUGUGAAAAGCAGCAACAAACCUUCAGCAGACUUGAGGAGGAACGGAGGGAAAUCCAGUACCUGAAGAAGGUGUACUUGUCCCUGCACCGUAGUAGGAAGCAGCUCCUGCAACAUCAGCAGUCUAUCCUCAAUGUGCAGAGGUCUAUGGCCCACUUGCAACAGGAGCUCCAGGUUCGAUCUCAGUUGCUGAAGAGUUGCAGCCCUAGAGUCAAGACUGCCUGGAAAGAGGUCUCCGAGGCAAGUCAGAAAAUGGAGGGACACAGGUCUGGAAGCCCCCAAAGCCACCACCCCCAGGAAAUCUCUGAGAGCUCAGAAAGUGCACACCUUUCCUCUGAGCAGAAGGAAGUGACAUCUCCCCAGACAACUUCAGUUGCAGAUGAAUACCUGCAGCUUCUCAGGCUGAACCAAGCAGAUGGCAUACCUGGGACCAGAAACCUAUCCACGGAGAGUGGACAUGAUAGCCAAGGGUCUGGAAAAUAUCCUUGUGUCUUUCUCCCUGGUCUGCUGCACUUGAGCUCUCUGGACCCUGGACAUCAGAAAAACCCAACUGCUCCUGCCACCAAGAAAGAUGGCAGCUCAGCCACUCAGCCAAAGCCACAGGAGGCCAAGGAACUGCCUCCUCCAGGAGACCUACAGAUCAAGUCCAGUGCGGCCUGGGCAGUGGAGAGGCCCUUGGCUACUACAGACAGCCGUGCUUGGAGCCUGCAUGGACAGUGUGGCCAGUCCCUAAGUGGAGAUGGUCCUUGUUCCCAGGAAGCCAGACAGGUGGCUGAAAACAGAACAAACCAAGCGCUGGAUGUUUCCAGAAGCGCUGAGGGAGAACCCCAGGAGGAGGCACACUGGCAGUCAGAGCAGCAAAGGGGAGAAGCCUGUCAGCAGGAGACUCCAGACAUCUGCUUAGCCCACUUGGAAGCUGAGCAGGACACUGCUUCUCCAGCUCCUGUGGCCUGUGAGGCUGAAACACAGCCUGCCUGGCACCUAGACAGCCCUCCAUGCCAGUCUGCUGCCAUCCUGGACCUGUGUUCUGAAUCUGCUUCUAGGAACCACUCAGGGUCUUCUGAAGGCCCUGCCUUAUCCCUCAGCCACUCAGUGGGCCCAGCAAGCAGCCUUUCCUGUUCAUCUCUGCAGGAGUUUCAGAGAGCCACAGCCACCCUAGUCCAGCUUUCUAGCAGUUCCACAUCCCUGUCCACCUUAGAAGCUGACGAUACCUUGCUACAUGCAGAUCCCAGCUGGUCUAGGGAGCUUUCUGCUCACGAUUCCUGGGAGGAACGAGGCCUACCUUCAUUCUGUGGCCUCCACCCGGGCCUUCCUCAAUUGGAGGGGGUUCCUGGGAAUGUAGGACCAGUGACCCCACAGAGACUGGAAGGUGGCGGGGUUAGACUCCUCAGUGGCUUCUCUGAGGAGGCAGCUUUGUCAGCAGGGUUAGAGCCAGACUACAGCUCCCUUCAGGCUGACUGGCCGCUGCAGUUCCCACGUGCUCCGUCUCCAAGGUUGGGGUCAGAGCUGUCAGAGUCCUCCAGCCAAAUCUGGGAAGAGAAUAGUGAGAACCUUGUAGAGCCUAGCCCUCAUGUUGAGCCAGACUCAGGGAGCUCCUUGCCUGCAAAUGGUUCAUUGGACCUGGAAGGCAGUGGAGGACCUCAUACCAGUCAUACCUCCUCAGGCCCUGGGGGAGAACAAGAAACUUCCAGAACCCAUAGGAGUCUGAGUGAUAUGUCCAAUACAGGGAAAACCAGGCAGAUGUCCCCUGUGGCCACCUUCACAGUGUUUCCACCCCAUAGUCCGGCUAUCAGUGAUUCAACUCUGUCACUGUCCGUUCCUUUGGACCCAACCUCCUCAGAUGGGGCAGAUCUCAGUAAAGUAAACAUGCUUACUGAGGCCUCAGCUGGCUGCCAGGAGGAACCCCAGGAUGCUGAUACAAGCCCAUCCAUGCAGCGGAAGCCCCUACAGGCCUCACCUGAUCCUAAGGCCGCUACUACCCUGCAGGCGUCUUCUGAGGGUACAGCUCCCCAUGUUACAGAGGUGACCAAUCCCUCAUGUGUCACUGGCUUCUUGACUGAAAUACUGUCUCCUGUGGACGAGGAGCUAUCUUAUGGCAGUGGGGACCUUACAUCUUCCAUCCACAGGGUCACCCACCUCCUUCCACCCCCUCCCACCCCCCAAGCAAAGAGUGAUCUCAAUGAGCCCAACCUCAGCUCAGAAGACUUCCCAACCCCGCCUGAGGAGGCCGUGUUUUCAGGUGACUCACUGGACACCCUAGGAGAGGAUACAUCCAUUAGUGCUGAGGACAUGUCCUUGUCUGAGGAGGCUCUGGGGGAAGCCCUUUCCCUGGGGCCUCAGGAGUCAGGGCACCACCUGGGUGCACCUGAGCAAGAUGGAGACCUGGGUGACUCAAAUUCAACAUCUCCCUUGAGUAAUUGGGUAGUCAGUGCCCCUGGGAGGUCCCCAAGACUGUCAACUCAGGCCCCGAGUUCAUCCCCAGUAACUUGUGUGGUCAGAGAAGAUCUUCAGGCCUCAGACAGUCAAGGUGGACCCUGGGAAGGGGUCCAGUAUUUUGAGAGUGCAGAGCACCAGCAAGGGAUAGAACACGUCUUAGACAGAAGGGCGGCCACAUCUUUACCCUCCUGGUCUGCACUUUCUGAAGGCUCACCCCCAGGCCCAGUGCCCUUGAGGCCCAGUGGCCAGGCUGAGUCCCUCAAGCACACAAGUGAGGAGGAGAAGGCAGGCCAGAACAACUGGACAGAGGACCAGCCCAAGCUCCAGGACUUGGUGGACACACAGCAGUUUCCUAGGAGAGACUGGGUUUUUAACCCUGUCUGUGAAGGGACCUGUGCUGAUCUUCUAGGGACAGGAGAUGCUGGGCCAGUGGAUGUAGUGUCCACCCAGCUCAGCAGGAAGAUCUUGUGUGACUCUCUUGCUGCACUGUCAGGGCUCGCCCCUGAAGACAAUCCCUAG